UGUAUUAUUGUAGUACUGUACUGUCAAAUGUACUUAUUUAUUUAUUUAUUUAUUAGAGUAUAGUAGGAAUUUUACCCAGGUGUCGUUUUGUAAGAUUUAUAUUUUAGAAAUUAAAUUUAUUUAUUUUUUGCUUUUACUAUCAGUUGAUCAUGAAACAACCUAUGUAACCAGCUUGAGAGGGAUCACAGUGUUGUUAGGCCCGGUUUCAGCUCCUGAAGAAAUCCGAUUAAAACCACUUGACUCGGUUAGGAAAGGAGACGUAAUCAACUUGUCCUCAGGAAUCUCUAUCGGGCGCCGCUGAAGCUGUUGCUGUUGUUGCAGCUGCGUGACGCAGUGCUAUACGAAGGGUUCGCUCGCUUACGCUUAAAUUUACAAGGUGUUCUGGGAUGGUGACAUGGACAGGAAACAUCCAGAGAAUGAGGAAGCACUGCAGUCUAAGUCCUUAUCUUGGUGCAGCCCUUGUCUUACAGACAAUGCAGAGCCAGCACCUAUUAGUACAAAUGCUACACUCGAUGUUGGAGAUUCAGAGCUUGAUGUAGAUGGACCAUCUCUCACUGAAAGGGAUCCUUAUGACAAUGAGCUCCUUGAAAAACAGACUGAAGUAGUUAUUGCAGAAAGAGCUGACAACACUGAUGAUGAGAAAGAAGACAAAUGUGGCGGUUUACAUGCAGAGUCUCUGGAUCAGGAAGCUGAGCAGAUGCAAAAUGCACUCAAAGAAGUGGAUAGCUUUAAAUCAACAUUUUCUUUGGCUAGUAAAGUGCAGCCAAAGGAAGAUGAAUGCAUCCAAAAGGAUAAAUGUGAACUAGGAAAACUGGAUAUAGAAGAUGAAGGUAGCAGUGAAGAUCGUGACUUAUCUGACUCUGUUUCCACGGAUAACACUUUGGAGGAUUCAAGCGAAUUUGGGCAUCCGGCCCCUGUACUAGCUGGAUCAACUGGAAACCAUAUAGAAGGUCCAGGAGGUAGAAUGUCGGGCCCUUCCUCUCCUCUUUUGGAGCAAAGUGGGGGCUCCUCAGCCCUUUCCCACCGUGAUGAAGAUGUAACCACAGAAAGUUGGAGACUGCACCGGAAACACGUGUUUGUGCUCAGUGAGGCUGGCAAACCCAUCUACUCUCGCUAUGGCAAUGAGGAGGCACUGUCUUCCACCAUGGGAGUCAUGAUGGCUCUCGUGUCCUUUGUCCAAAGUGGUGAAAAUCUGAUUCGAUCCAUCUACUCUGAGGACCACAAGGUGGUGUUUGUUCAACAGGGCCCUCUGGUUUUGGUAUCGGUGUCCCGGGGUCGUCAGUCUGAGCAACAGUUGCGAAAGGAGUUGCAGUACGUGUACUAUCAGAUCAUCAGCAUGCUGACACAAGGAAGUGUGGCCCGCAUCUUUGAGCGCAAGAAGAACUAUGACCUAAGGAGACUGCUGGCUGGCUCUGAGAAGAUAUUAGAUGGCCUCCUAAACUUUGUGGACUCCGAUCCCAGCUUUCUUUUGUCUGCUGUGCACUGUUUACCGUUGUCUUCAUCAUUACGGGAUUCACUUAGUUUGAUACUUCAGAAAGCCAUCACCCCUAAUUUAGUAUUCUCCAUCCUUAUUGCAAACAACCAGCUUCUGACUAUUGUUCAGGAGAAAGCAGUUAUUGAAGAUGCAAGGCUGGAACCAGCUGAUUUGCAUCUUCUCCUCAAUUUGAUCAGAGCUUCUUCAGCUUUUCAAGCUGGUGAAAUUUGGACUCCAAUCUGUCUACCACUGUUUAAUCCAGAUGGUUAUUUUUAUGCUUACAUCUCUUACUUGGACCCUCCUGAAUGUACUGUAUGUCUGCUUCUGCUCUCCACGGAUAAAGAAGCCUUCUACUCUGUGGCAGAGUGCAAACGACGCAUAGAGGAGAGCAUGCGGACUCAAAAUUCUCUUCAGUCUAUUGCAGCCAUACAGUCUUACAGUGUGGUGCAGGUUGGCGUCUCUGACUUGCGGCACUUCAUGUACAAGCCUUUUGAUGUUCCAGACAACUGCAAGCAGCUGACUCAGUUUACAAGCCCGGAGAUGGAAGCACCCUACUCUACAGAAGAGGAGCGACAUCGCCUGUUUGAUAUGUAUCGCUAUCUGCACAGCCGAAUCCACAGCUCCUCUCGGCCGUUGAAGCUCAUCUACCAUGUUGCUGAGAAGGAGACUCUGCUGGCCUGGGUGACCAGUAAAUUUGAGCUCUAUACAUGCUUCAGCCCAUUGGUGACAAAGACCUCUGCAAUCAAUGCCAUUACCAAACUGCUCCGUUGGAUUAAGAAAGAGGAAGACCGACUGUUUAUUCGUUACCCACCCAAAUAUUCCACCACACCCAACCCCAGCAAGGGCUCCCGGGGGGCCAAAGGGGGCUCUGACAGGCAGGACAUGACUGACAAUGGUUUUCUUUCACUUCUGUAGAAGAGAAUCUGCUCACUUGGACUUCAGCAAUUACAGACUGUCUUGUUUAAGCCUUUUAGUCUGUGACUUUUUAUAUAUAUAUAUAUAUAUAUAUAUAAAAAUGAAUGAAGUCAUAUCCUGGCCACCUCUUCCACCAUGAAUGAAUCUGCUGUGCUAUGAACAGAAGUCAGUGUUUACAGUUUAGAGCACAUAACUGCACAUCAGGUCAGACUGGGCACUAGUGGGCUUCUCUUUACCCACAAACUCCUAAAUACUUAAGCAGAUGAUUUGGUUAACAAUUAGCAAGUCCUGUUACAGUGUUGACGUUGUAUGGUUCAUCUGAGGCAUGCUACAUGGGAGUCACAUUGUCUUUAUGGCUCCUACUAAGCCAUAAUCUAAUGGCUCUCCCGACUGCUCUGGCACUUCUAAACAUCAAUCCUUAGAAUUCUCAUCUCCUGUUCGGCGGUGAAAAAUACUUUACUUUUCAGCACGUUUUUAUUCAGAGAAUUUUGUUCACAUAGCACUGCUCUGGGUACAAAUAAAAAAGUAGAAAGCUGUUCAGUUUUAAUUUGACUUUUAGGAAAUUGGGCAUGAAACUUGAAGAAGAAAGCUGUAAGUUGUAUUUGUCAUUUAUACAUGUAUUGUUGUGCCAUUCCCCAAAAUAACAUCAGUAGAUGCUUUCAUGUUUUAUCAGUAUAUACAAAAAGUCCUAAACUAGACUACAAAAAAUUCAUGGAUGGCUUUGAUGGGGGAUAAAUGUAUACAUGGAAGGACUUUAAUUAUAACCUGGCAUUGGCCAAAGAGCCUCCUCUUAAAGAGCUGGGCGCUUCAAGCUGGUCAAUUCCUAGAACAAUUGGGAAGCUUGAUUUCAGCAAAAGCAAGCUUUCCAUGCUCUCCAAGUACAGAGGUGCAGCUUUAAUGGUGGAGGCACAGUUGUCUACUUGUCUUUCAGCCGUCAGUCUAAAUACUUUAUAGCACUUUUCAUGCUCCCAGGAACAUCGAUCCUGAUAUGUGAAACCUACUGUACUAAAUUAAGACAGAGGUCUGCUCCUGCAUGGACUUCUGCUGUGUGCAUCACUUGUGCCCCUCAACUCCUUCAUCCUCCAGUCCUCCUUUGACUCCCUUUCAAUAUAUUUGAUCCACUCUAUGAUUCAGUGACUACUAAGUGCACGCUUUGGACCCAAAGAUUCAUCUCAGACUUACAACCACAGAAAAAUAAAUCCAGUAUUUUAAGGUUAACGCAUAAACGACUUUAACGUUUGAUUUCUGUUGAUUAAGAAUUGUUUGUGCAUCACAGAAUGUCUGCCGCUCUGUGCAGCUUGUUUGGCCUUAACUCCCAUGGCAAUCCUGUGACUGAUGCUGCCUACUUAAAGAGGCCACUAGAGCGGCUGCUGUCGGACUGUUAGUCACUUGGUAGAAGAAAACUCCUGCUUCUGUUUCCCUGCCAUUCAUGAACUGUGUGAGAAUUUUUAAUGUAGCUGGGGAGAGGAGUAUCAUGGGAGACUUCUUCCUAUUUACUCUUGCUGAUGGAGGCUGUACCGCACAUGAAGAUGUUCAAUCCAUUCACAAGUUCUCCCUUGCCUUUUGUAUAGAAAUUUGCUGAAAAGGUCAUUGUAAAAUAUAUUUGCCCUUUUUUUUUAAAUUAAACAUUUGAGGACAACUCA